AUGAAUAUUAUCACGCUACUGGUCUCAAAAGUGACCGGUGUACCUGAGCCCAGUAUACGACUGUUUUUGACGCUUUUACUAGCUUAUCCCAUUGGUUACAUAUACCAUCAAAAAUACAAUAUACAAAAACCUGAUGCAAGCCGAUAUGUUCGUAACGAGUUUAUUGUCAAGACAGGUCUUGUACUUUCUUUUUUUUUCAACGGUGCCAGUAUGAUGCAUUCUACAAUAACGAUAUUGAUCAGCUAUUUUUUGUGUCAUGUUGGCGAUGAAAUUUAUCACAACAGGCGUAUCGGCACGCUUUUGGUAUGGACGUUUAACUUGUCAUACCUACUGUUGGGCUAUUACUUUACGGCUUCAAAUGAUUACGACAUUAAUUGGACAACAUCCCAAUGCGUUUUAUGUCUCCGUUUAAUGGGAUUCAGUAUGGAUUAUAUGGAUGGAUUGGCAGACAACGGCGAAGUUGCAAAAACACAAGCAGCCAAAGCAUCUACAGCAACAGAACAGACAUUGACCGGCCCUCAUUCGUUUGCAUCAGAUAGCCCUCUAAAAGAACUCCCAGACAUAAGAGAGUUUAUGGGAUACUGUUAUUUACCUCCUGCCUUUCUUAUCGGUCCACAAUUUUCAUUUUCACUGUAUCAACGGUUUUUAAAUGGACCGUAUAAUGGAACAAAGCCAGCAAACAAAGGUCUUGUGGAAAAAGCUCAGAUGACUUACACUGCUCGCUGCUUAGUAUUGGGGUUGAUUUAUAUUGUUUUUCUUCAAGUAAUGGGAGCUAUUUAUCCUAGCUCUUAUCUACUUACUUCUGACUAUGCAUCCAGAUCGUUUUUAGCGAGAAAUAUUAUCUAUUAUCUCUGCGGUAAGCAAGUGAUUGUCAAAUAUAUUGGUGUUUGGUUGAUAACAGAAGGCGCAUGUACUCUUUUCGGUAUCAAUUAUCAAGGAUACAAUGCGAAAGGAGAACCUGACUUCCGAGGCUUAGCCAACUGUAACCCAUUUGAACUGGAGACAAUGACCACCUUUGACCGUUUUAUUUCUGAUUUCAAUAUUAACACGAAUUUGUGGGUAAAGCAAUAUGUGUUCAAACGCUUACGUUUCCUGGGUAAUAAAAUGCUUUCACAGUUGGGUGCCCUUUUCUUCUUGGCAGUAUGGCAUGGUUUCCACUUCAAUUAUUUUGAUACCUUCUUCUUGGAAUUCCUUUACACGGCGGAUGAACGCAUCUUACGAGCAGUGCUCUACAAUCCUGUCGUCAAGCCGUUGAUGGAACGUAACUAUUUGGUCUACAGGAUCUGGAAAGUGUUAGCGUGGAUAACAGCAACAUCGUCUUUAUUUUAUGCAGCAGUUGGCUUUGAUCUUUUGUCCUUGCAGAAAAUGGUUGUGGCUCGAAAAAAUGUUUACUGGUACGGGCAUAUGUUCGUUCUAGCGAUAUUUGCCCUUGGGUUCAUUCUAAACAAAACAAAGCAUACUAGAAGAAUGAACAGAAUGGCAAAUAGCGCUAACAAAGCUCCUGGAAAGACUGAUUGA